AUGGCGGCCUGCAGGAGGAAACAUGUUCUGCUCGCUGCCGCGCUCUCCAGCCUCGUCAUGCUCACUGCAGGCUUCAUCCCUCCGUCAUGCCUGCCGACAAAGUCGCUGAGAGCGUCUGCUCGCAUGCUCGUGCCGCGGAAGCGCCGAGGGCGCGGGCAGGUCAUGAUGGCUAGAGGGGGGCUGGGUGGCUUCUUCGAGAAGUUUCUAGGGGGUGCAGGAGAGGACGAGAGCAGGAGGGAGUACGAUGAGGUUCUCCGGACCCUGUCCUGUGCCGAAGGAUGGGACAUCAGCAUGGAGAUCGGAUCUACCCCAGCACGGAACGCCGGGGGCACAGGAUCGCUGGCGAAGAAAGACACCAUGACGGUGCAGAUCGGAGCAUCGGUGAGGUUGGAUGUGGACGAAGGGUACGAUCCUCCUCAGGGUUCGGUUAUCCUCACAUCCGAGUCGAAGAUCUUUGACGGUAUAGGCUUCUGGAGCGUCCAGGAGGACACGGACGACGGGGUUCCGACAGCCAUCCAGGCAAGUCUGAACAGCCCCAUCGGGAUCACCGUGAGCGGGGAGACCAUCGUGAGCCCGGGUCAGGUGUUCCUCAACUUCAAGGUGAAGAGGGAGGAGAGGAGGGAGGGAGAGGUCUUCUACGACAUGCCUAGGGGCCUGGUGACUGUCAAGGAGGACCUGAAAAGCUCCUUUCUCUUCGCCUCCUACGAUGGGCUGCUAGCCGAGUUCAAGCUGAUAGGAACUUGCACAGCGAGGAGGAGGACGAAGGAGGGAGUUAAGGAGGAAGAGACGAAGGAAGAAACUGAAGGAUGA